AUGGCAGCGCAACCAAUCUUGCACCCCUUUACUCCUUCAGCAUCUCGUCCGUAUCUCGCCUCUAGAAGAAGAGACAGCAGCAGCAGCAGCAGUAGCUCAGAUACGGGCGAUAAGGAUGGACCGAACCUUAGCGAUGAAGGAAGCGUCCAAGAAUUCCCACUGGAAUGGCACGAUGACCACUGGGACGAGCUUCUCGACUAUGAAAGCCCUUAUAUCGAUGAGUGGUCCGAUUGGGCAACUUCGCACGUCCAUUGGGCCGAGGAGAGUGUAUCAAACGAAAAACUCCACAAUAAUCCUACCACUCGGCAGUGGCUGCAAAAGCUGGCGAGGCUGAGCCGUAGCGAUUUUACAACGCUCAAGCAUGCGCCAGGGAGUUUUGUCUCAGUUAAAGUCCCUUUGUUCAGAGAUGAGGAUACUGGCGACGAAUACCAAUUACCCCUAUAUCUCUCAGACAACCUGGUCUAUACAGUCUGCCCAAGAGACCCAAUACCAUUUAAUGAACGAGCCAGGCCUCUUGUCCAUGUCAUGUACCGAGGAAGUAUUUCCGAAGAACCCAUACAACAAGAUGCUGAGCUUCCACGAUUUGUAAUCCCGCUUGGUCCCCUUGCAGUUCGCACCGAGUUUCGCCACACAAACACUCUCAGCUCCCUUGGGCCGCCCACAGAGCUGACGGAUUAUCAAGUUGUGCUUGACGCAGAGAGUGAGGCCAUGCCGCUCUGGAUCCUCUGCUCGCGGAGGACAUUGAAGGAACGUCAUCAGGCAUUUUGCGGACGCAACCGCCAACUUCCCAUUUUCAAAGGACUAAUGGAAUAUGGAGAGUACGGGUACGAUGCCGCCUGUAUACUGAAAUCGGUGCACCAGCUGGGGAGUCAAAAGAGCUAUGAGGAGACAUGCGACCUGGUCCGGAGGACUCGUGCUGUUGUUGAUCCGGUGUCGAGGAAUGCAAGCUUGGAGAAGAUGGAGGAGCUCAUUGGAGGCCCAUGCAAGCAGUCCAGCCACGCCAUCUGUCGGUCCUCGAACUUGUGGUCAACGCCUUCGUCAAUCAUCACGGUCAAUAUGGCAGACAUUGUAGAGUACAAGAUCUCCGUUCCUACCGCGGCCAUCGAGGAGCUGCACCAGAAGUUGGCCCUCUCAAAGUUCCCAGAUGAUCCCGAUGACGAUGAUUGGGGAUGCGGCGCCCCUGUUGCACAUGUCAAGCGGAUAGCCAAGUACUGGCAGGAUGAAUUCAAAUGGGCUUCAUUUGAAGAGCGGUUGAAUAAUCUUCCGCACUUUGAGGCGGCCAUGUCACUUGAUGGUUUCGAUCCAUUCAAACUGCAUUUCAUCCAUCAGAAGUCUGCAAAUCCGGACGCAAUUCCGCUGCUGUUCGUUCAUGGCUCCAAGCUGGAAAACGGCCCAGAAUUUCACGUCGUGGUGCCGUCACUUCCCAAUUUCGGCUUCUCAAGUCGGAUUGCCAAGAAGGGCUUCGGUCUGCGACAGUACACCGACACUUGCCACAAGCUGAUGAUGAGCCUGGGAUACAAGAAAUAUGCCGCUCAAGGGGGAGACUGGGGGAUGUUUAUAACCACGUCCAUUGGAAACCUUUAUCCUGAGUCAAUGCUGGCAUUGCAUCUCAACUUCGUCCUGGCUAUGCCACCGCCGCUGACCAAAUCCCCACUCGGCUUCGUACGAUUCCUUACAACGCACAUGCUGAACCUAUACACGCCUCAGGAACAGUCGGGCCUCAAAGCUGCCAAAGACUAUCAGGACAACGGCAGUUACUACCUUCAUAUUAUGAGGACGAGGCCCAAAACCGUCGGAACGAUGCUCACAGAUAGCCCCGUCGCAUUACUGGCCUGGAUCUACGAGAAAUUGAUCGCAUGGACGGAUGACUAUCCGUGGACGGACCAGGAGAUUUGUGAGUGGAUUAGCUUGUAUUGGUUCAGUCGUGCAGGACCUGCGGCCAGUGUGACCAUCUACCACGAGAUGUUUCAAGGGGAUUGGCAAGCCGACACUGGGCGUGCGAUACCGAAUGCCAAGCUGGGAUUCUCAUACUUCCCCAAAGAAAUAGCCGCGACGCCACGUAUGUGGAAUAGAUUUCUGGGCGAUGUCGUUUUUGAGGAGGAGCAUGAGAAAGGCGGCCAUUUUGCAGCCUGGGAGCAACCAGAGGCUCUGGUGCGUGAUCUUCGAAAGAUGUUCCGUUCUGACGGACCAGCAUACCGUGUAAUGCAUCAGAAAUAA